UUGAUUGCACUUCAGAUAUAAGUCAUAAUGAACAAAUGACUUUAGUAAUUCGAUGUGUUGAUAUGACUAGUUCUAGCAUAAUGAUAAAGGAAUAUUUCAUUGAAUUUAUAAGUGUGGAUGAUACAUCGGGAUUAGCUCUUUUCAAUGAAAUACAAGCUGCUUUAGAAUCACUUGGGCUUGAUAUUGAUAAUGUGAGGGGACAAGGUUAUGACAAUGGUUCCAAUAUGAAAGGGAAACAUCAAGUUGUGCAACGUUUGUAUACUUUAUUUGCAAGUUCUACAAAAAGAUGGAAAUUUUUACAGGAUCACCUUAAUCAAUUUACUUUGAAGUCCUUAUCAACAACAAGAUGGGAAAGUCAUAUUAAUAGUGUUACUGCUAUAAUAACUCAACCUAAUGAGAUAAGAGAGGCUCUAUUUGAAUUAGCAAGAGUAAGUGAUGAUGCUAAAACUAGGAGUGAAGCCGAGUCUUUGGCGACUAAUGAACUUGAGAAUUUUGAGUUUUUGUUGGGUAUGACUAUAUGGCAUAAUAUAUUGAACAAAACAAAUUUGAUUAGCAAAAAAUUACAAUCUAAAGAUAUGCAAAUUGAUGUUGCAAUAGUUAUUUUGAAAGGUUUGAUUUCUUAUUUUGAAAAAUAUAGAGAGGAUGGUUUUCAAUCGGCCUUGACAUUAGCUAAGGAGCUUGCAUCUAAGAUGGAAAUUGAUCCUAUUUUUCCACCAAAACGUAUGAUUCGUAGGAAGAAACAAUUUGAUGAAAGUUGCCAAGAAGAGAUUACAUUAUCUGAUGAGGAGUUUUUUAGGAUCAAUUAUUUUCUUGUUAUAGUGGAUAUUGCUAUUUUAUCUUUAAAGACUAGAUUUGAACAAUUGACAAUUUUUGAAGAUAUUUUUGGCUUUUUGUUUCCUCAUAAGAUGUUAUCUUUAUGGGAUAGUGAUAAAUUGCAUAAGUGUUGUGUUAAGCUUCAAGAUGCCCUGAAACAUAAUGAUAAAUUUGACAUUGAUGCUGAAGAUUUAUAUUCUGAAUUGCAAGUGCUACAAAUGUGUUUACCAUCUGAAACAAAAUCGCUUGAUGAGGUUCUUGAAUUUGUUAAAGUUUCAGAUUGCUUUCCAAACGUUUCUAUUGCAUAUAGAAUAUUAUUGACUAUACCAGUUACUGUAGCUUCAGCAGAAAGAAGUUUUUCAAAAUUAAAAUUGAUAAAAUCAUAUUUACGUUCUACUAUGUCUCAAGAAAGGUUGAAUGGAUUAGCGGUUUUAUGCAUUGAACAUGAGGUAUUAGAAAAGCUUGAUCUUGAAGAAAUUAUUGAUGAUUUUGCUUCUCAAAAUGCUAGAAGAUCUAAGUUAUUUUUGUAAUUAUUUCAUUAUUGUUUUCUUGUUUAUUGCACUUUAUAGUUAAUAUUAUAGGGGCCCCUUUUUUCCUUCUCGCCCAGGGCCCCCGAAAUGUCAGGGCCGGCCCUGGUUAGAGAGAAUCAUACUGUAAAUCGAGUCGUGUUUCUUGGUUGUACGGUGUGGUGGUUUUAUCUCCGGUGUAUUCUCCGGUGAAGAAGCAAUAAAAGAUUCAUUUGACCCUCCGUGGACGUAGGCCAUACGGCCGAACCACGUAAAUCCUUUCGCAUUGUUUACCCAAUUGAAUUUCUGGUAUAUCGAUCAAUUUCUUUACAUCGAUGAUGUGCUCUAACCUUAUGUCGACACAGAAGAUUAAUUUUGUUGCAGAUCAGGUACUUGCACAUCUCAAAAUUGAUAAGAUUGAUAGGAGUAGAGGUGAUAAAUAAUCAUUCAAUUGGAUGAUGGGUCGAAUCAUGCAAACCAAACACUUGAUUAAGUUGGAUUAUUUUAUCAAUCAUGCCUUAUCAUUCAAACCAAACGCCUAUGUAAAAAUUAAUGUUUUUGUUCAUCAGGAAAUAUGCAAUCAAAUGUGAUGAACUAGGCCUCAGAUUCUCACGAUGACAGUUUUGGCUUCAAGUUCGUUUUAUGACUCGUUAAUCAUGAUAAUCUUCUAAUGAGGUAACUCCAAAUUCCUUCGAACUAAAUCUUUUUAUAUAUAAAUAACAGAUUCAUAGGUGGUCUAUCAAACUAAGGGAUUAAUUCAUCUACCUUCCCAAACAUUGUUGAUAGUUAUAAGCUCAUGUAAUCUAAAUUUGUUCAGAAAGUGAAUGAGGAAGGCCUUUCAUUGAGCUGGCCCAAUAGGCUUUGCGUUGAGCUGGCCCACUUAUAUUGGCCCAAUAGACCAGAAUCGUAUAUGUUGAAUCUUGCAGCUAUUUAAUGAAUGUAUGGAUGAUUUUCUA